GGUAGCGGUAACGGCAGCGGCAGUCACCAGCGCAACUUUGGCACCGACUUUCUUCGACGUUCUGCCCCCAAUUCCGCCUCCCCCUGCACUGGUGAUACGCUCUUUCAUCCGCGUUCUCAACAAGACUACAACCCUCAACGACAACAGCAACAACAACAACCACAGCAUCACCAUUCUCAGCAGCAACAACAACAACUGGGUGGACUACCUCCCCAAGAAACGAUGACCCACACUGUGGAGAAUGUGGUGGACAAACUGGCCAAGUUUUUUCCACUGGUAGGAGCUAGUGGAGCGGACAAACGCAACGUGAAUAGUUCGGUGCGAGACCUGCGAAUCGAGGCCUUGCUGGCGGGUUUUCAGGGUCAUACCCAAGAGGCGCGCGGCGAGGAGGUGGUGGAAGAGGAUCGACGCGCAAAACUCUCCACUGAUCAUCUAACCGAUAAGGACAACGUGAGUCAGGUCUCCUCCUCGUAUAGAUCAGAGCCAGUGCCCGCAGCAGCGGCAGCAGCAAAGAUUCCAACCGUGGAUUCUUCGCCGUCCAUGGAGGACUUUAGGGCGAAUAUUGGACAGGGUGCUCGUGCCUUCAUGGAGGAGGAUAUCCAUACUGAAAGGGGCCAUGGCACACUCCAGAAGGUGCCUGGAUCGGUUGGUUUUGUUCAACGGCAGUCCAGUGCGGUCGGGGGUUCGCCCUCACCGGUUCCACCCUCCUCCUGUUCACCGGCUUACAGUACAGACGAAUCCGGCUACGGCAGGGGACUUCCAGGACAGGGCAGUGGUCAAUUUUUUCAACGCCCCGGAUUCUACGAGAGUGGGAAGUUGAAUGACGCCAGCACCAGGAGUCAGUCCUAUGAUGCCCCCAAUUCCACGCCCUCUCCUCCGCCGCCUCCUCCCCCCACUUCCAAGGAAUCCGAUGAGAGCACCUUCUUGUUUUACCUUCAAGUCUCAUUGGAACUCCACCCCCUUCCCUCCCCCCUGAUGACCAUCCUCAUCACCGCAUCAUUCGCCAAACAGCUUAGUAUUCGCCUAAUUCUUUUUUCUCCCGGCGCUUAUCACAAAACUGCGUUGAGUUGUACCGGCUUUGCACUGACGCCCUAUCUAUCUUGA